GGGGAGGAGUAAAAAUAGCCUAGUACUCUACACUGGUUUACAUAUCAGAGAACAUGAGCUGUGAACAGACAGAGGUAGUGAACUUUACAUAGAGCCUGGUCUCUGUCUGUAGUCCAUGAGCUCCCUGUGUGGCCUGCUUCCCUGUGACUUCCUGUUGGAGAGGAAUCUAGGGAAGUUUUCUGUCCGGUCCGCGUGAGGUGCACAGGACCUUUGAGUGUCUCCAUAUUUAACAAAGUUGAAACUUGAAUACCAUAUAUUCGUCUUUGUCUUCUUGACAGUCCUUGCUGCCAGGAUGAUGGGUCAUGUGUUGUCAUUCGGCCGCUCCCUGGUGAGGAGGAAGGUGGUGGAUCUCAACAGUCUGGAGGACUCCAAGCUGUGCCGCUGCCUGGGUACCGUGGAUCUCAUCGCCCUGGGCGUGGGCAGCACCCUGGGGGCUGGGGUCUAUGUUCUGGCUGGAGAGGUGGCCAAGGGAAACUCAGGCCCCAGCAUUGUGGUCUCCUUCCUCAUCGCUGCCCUGGCCUCUGUCAUGGCGGGCCUCUGCUAUGCUGAGUUUGGAGCCCGUGUGCCCAAGACUGGCUCAGCCUACCUGUACAGCUAUGUAACAGUUGGAGAGCUGUGGGCCUUCAUCACUGGCUGGAACCUCAUCCUCUCCUAUGUGAUAGGCACCUCCAGUGUGGCCAGGGCUUGGAGCGGGACAUUUGAUGAGCUGAUUGGAGGACACAUUGAGACGUUCUGCAAGACCUACUUCAGCAUGAACUCUCCAGGCCUGGCUCAUUACCCAGACUUCUUUGCAGUCUGUCUCAUUCUACUUCUGUCAGGCCUCCUGUCGUUUGGAGUGAAGGAGUCAGCCUGGGUGAACAAGGUCUUCACUGCUGUCAACGUGCUGGUCCUCUUGUUUGUCAUCGUCUCUGGCUUCGUGAAGGGAGACACACUCAACUGGAAAAUCUCUGAAGAAACUCUCAUCAAUGUCACCAUUGUUAAACGGAACCUGUCUGUGACUGCGAAUGUGACCAGUGAUUAUGGUGCAGGGGGGUUCAUGCCAUUUGGCUUCAGUGGGACCCUGGCUGGAGCUGCCACCUGCUUCUAUGCCUUUGUCGGAUUUGACUGCAUCGCAACAACAGGUGAGGAGGUAAGGAACCCUCAAAAAGCCAUUCCCAUCGGCAUCGUGGUGUCUCUGACGGUGUGCUUUCUGGCGUACUUUGGUGUGUCUGCUGCCCUCACCCUCAUGAUGCCCUACUACCUACUGGAUGAGAAGAGCCCCUUGCCCAUGGCCUUUGAAUAUGUGGGCUGGGGCCCAGCUAAAUAUCUGGUGGCUGUGGGGUCACUGUGUGCCCUGUCAACCAGUCUGCUGGGUUCCAUUUUCCCUAUGCCACGUGUAAUCUAUGCUAUGGCAGAGGAUGGGGUGCUUUUCAAAGCCUUAGCCCGAAUCAAUCCUAAGACGAAGACCCCGCUUAUUGCCACAAUGAGCUCCGGUGUAGUUGCAGCGAUCAUGGCUUUCCUGUUUGACCUAAAAGCCUUAGUAGACAUGAUGUCUAUUGGAACCCUCCUGGCCUACUCCCUUGUUGCUGCUUGUGUUCUCAUUCUCAGGUACCAGCCGGACCUGCUCUAUGGAAAGCCGGGCUGUAACAGGGAGAAGGAUUGCCUGACAUCACCGGAAGGGGAGUCGGAGCUGACGGAGUCUGAGUCCCACAUCAACAUGCUGAAGCAAGGAGGUUCCACCCUGCAGACGGUGCUCAAUCCUCCACUGGUACCCACAGAACAGUCCUCCUCUGUGGUCAACAUGGCGGUCUGUCUCUUAGUGUUGGUGGUGUGUGUGAUCAGUGCUCUGACCACCUACCAUGGAUAUGCCAUCAUUCGCAUGGAGACCUGGAUCCUGUGUUGUCUGGCCCUGUCCCUGGUGGUCUUCAUUGGCUGUGUGGUUCUCAUCUGUCAACAGCCUCAAACCAGCAGGAAGGUCUCCUUCAUGGUUCCACUCAUCCCAUUUCUUCCCAUCCUGAGUAUAUUUGUCAAUGUUUACCUCAUGGUCCAGCUGAGUGGAGACACCUGGAUACGCUUCUCCAUAUGGAUGGCUGUGGGUUUCCUAAUCUACUUUGGCUACGGAAUGUGGCACAGUGUGGAGCGCCAGCGCAGGCUCCAGGACUCCCUCAGCAGCAGUGCCAAGCAGGAGAAGAAGAACAAGGGUCCAGAGAAGACCAGCCAGUGUUAAAGAAAGAUCAGGGAUCCACACAGACUCUAGAAGGUCACCUGGUGGCCCCUGCCCCAGCCAAGACACAGACACAGACACAGUACAAGCACACAGCAGCUAUCAACUAAAUACACUACAGAUGUAGGAUCUUAAUUUGAUUACUCUUUUGUUGCUGAGGAUUAUCCUGAACCGCAGYAAAUGCAGAUGAGCUUCUUGAUUUACAUAAAUUCCCUGAAAUCCCACACUAACACACGGUUAUAUUAACAGUAUUGCA